GCCCUAAGCAGCCUCUCUCCUUUCCCUUCCCAGCUAGUAGCAGACCCAGAUGGCUCUGAGACUCACCACGACCCGGCUGCUAAGAUGCAGCCGCUGCCGCAUGGCGGGGGGGGGGGGCACCCCGGCCACAGAAGGGGGGAGGGACUGGAGCCCUGGGGGGAGUACGUGCCCCCUCCACCAUGGACCCCCUUCCAUGGAGGAUCAGAGUCUGUCACAGCCCCACCUCGGCAUCCCUAGCAGUAACUCUGCAGGGCCAAGAACCUCCAAGGGGAUUCCUCCAGCGUGGCACAGGGUCAGUGAUUCUUGGUUUGCACUCUCGCGUCCUCAGCAGAGCAGGGAUAAAAUAACCCACCUGCCUGGCUUCUUGUCUGCUUUUCCAGAAAAGGAAACGAAACCCCAAGAGAAGACCCUGAAAGCCCCCAGAGCCCAGUUUGACUGGCGUGAUCCCCUGCAGCUGGAGAAGCAGCUGACCCAGGAGGAGAUCAUGAUCCGGGAUUCCUUCCGCACCUACUGCCAGGAGAAGCUGAUGCCACGAAUUGUCAUGGCCAAUCGGAAUGAAGUCUUUCACCGGGACAUCGUGUCGGAGCUGGGGGAGCUGGGAGUCCUGGGAUCCACCAUCAAAGGUUAUGGCUGUGCCGGCACCACGUAUGUGGCCUACGGGCUGCUGGCUCGGGAGAUCGAGCGCGUGGACAGCAGCUACCGUUCAGUCCUGAGCGUCCAGUCGUCCCUGGUGAUGCACCCCAUCAACGCCUACGGCACGGAGCAGCAGAAGCAGAAGUACCUGCCCCGUCUGGCCACAGGGGAGCUGCUGGGCUGCUUUGGACUGACGGAGCCCAACCAUGGCAGUGACCCUGGGGGCAUGGAGACCAGGGCUCGCUACCACCCAGCCAGCAAGACCUACGUGCUCAACGGCUCCAAGACCUGGAUCACCAACUCCCCUCUGGCGGAUGUCUGUGUGGUGUGGGCCGUGUGUGAGGACGGGAGGAUCCGGGGCUUCCUCCUGGAGAGGGGAAUGAAGGGCCUGUCGACACCCAAGAUCGAAGGCAAGUUCUCCCUGCGGGCCUCCACCACCGGCAUGAUCCUGAUGGAGGACGUGGAGGUGCCUGAGGAGAACCUGCUGCCACAUGUCUCUGGGCUCAUGGGUCCGUUUGGCUGUCUAAACAACGCCAGGUAUGGCAUAGCCUGGGGGGCGCUCGGAGCUGCUGAAUUCUGCUUGGAGACAGCCAGGCAGUAUGUCUUGGACAGGAUACAGUUUGGGGUGCCACUGGCUCGGAACCAGCUGGUCCAGAAGAAGCUGGCUGAUAUGCUCACUGAGAUCACCAUUGGCUUACAGGCCUGCCUGCAGCUGGGGAGAUUAAAGGAUGAAGACAAGGCCGCCCCCGAGGCGAUCUCCAUGCUGAAGCGGAACUCCUGCGGCAAAGCGCUGGAUAUUGCCCGCCAGGCCCGGGACAUGCUGGGAGGCAAUGGCAUCGCCGACGAAUACCAUGUCAUCCGGCACGUCAUGAACCUGGAGGCCGUGAACACCUAUGAAGGCACGCAUGACAUCCAUGCGCUCAUCCUGGGCAGAGCAAUCACUGGACUUCAGUCUUUCACUGUUGGCAAAUAAAUCCAGCAGGGAGGAGGCACCAAUCACCUCCACAACAGCCUUAAUUUUACUACAUUGGAAGAAUGACUGUUGUAUAAUUUUAUUCCUCAAGUUGAAGUCACAAUCCAGGGGCUGCUGCUGUGACACAGGAUCUGAGUGUAGCUCUUCAGGUUGACUCCUGGAUUCUUACUUAAUGUUCACUACAACUCGCUCCCGAAUCAGCUAGCUGGUUUUCAAAUUCAAGAAUGUGGGAGAAGGUCGUCUUCUGCACUGCUUGCAGUAAAGGAGCGAAGAGACAGGCCCAGUAAUAGACCAUCUGUCUUCACCAGUUGUGCAUUUGUAUUGUAGGGGGUUAGAAGACAGUGACAUGAGUGAAACUUCUGUGCAGUGGACUGUCACGUAACAAAAGUCAGUGGAUUUGUGAUGCUGGAUUGGCUGCUUGGUGCAUGGAGCUGUCUUGCUUGCUUUCUCCUUGAAUGUAAAUUCUGGAGUUGUGUGGGAAAGGCUGUCUGUCUCAACACAAGGGGAAUCCAGUCUCUCUCAGCCGUGGUUCCUCUCUCCUUUCACUGGAUGUCCAAGUUUGGCUAACUUGUUUCUCAGAAUUAUCUGACUUGAUGCAAUAGAGCAUGCUGGGAGAAAUCCCUUCUCUUUACAAAGCUGGGUUGUAUCUGAAAAACCUGAAUCUUCACACACAGUCAGGUCCCGGGCCAUGCCAAAUGGACAUCUGCCCUGUGUAGCUGCUGAGAGAAACAUUGUCACCGAGGUGAAGCAAUGCUCUUCACUGUGCAGGCUGGGGGUCAGAAUGGGGUUAAAUUCCUUGCUCUGCCACUGGCCCACGGCAGGCAACUAUGUGCCAUAGUUUUCCCUGCUGUAAAACCUACAGAAGACCCACUCUGCAUUUCUAUUACCAAAAUUCCUCUUUCACAGGAGCCCCCAGUUAAUCUCAUAUCCCUUCGGAUAAUUACAUGAAUAAAUUUUAGAAUAUACUGUA